AUGUAUAUCAAGACUCUACUCACCGGCUUUGCUAUCAUGGCUUGGCUGAGCCUCAUGAAUCCUACCGCAGCUACCUCUACCAUGUCUGCUUCAUCAACCAGUAUCGACUUCAACACCCUCCUCGAUGGCUCACUUGGCUUUUUUCCCUCCACUUGGCUAGUAUCCAAAGCUGCCCUGCUCGAGCUCAACAAUGCAGAUGUCGAGAAACGGGCACUAACGGCACCAUCGGCAUCAACCGAGCUUCCUUCCCCUGAACCGUCCUCACUUGACCGCACACCAAAAGAAAACGGCGCUGUGAUGGCUACCUUCAUCAGCGGGAUGCUCGUUCCAGCUUUUUUCAAUGUCAAGGACAAUGGCAUGGCCGGUGGUAUAUGUCGAUCGUUGAUGACAAGUGCGGGCAGUAUGACUGCGGCCGUUAUCGGACAAGAGGCCGCCAAAGACAUCUACGGAAACAACAGCACAAACUCCCAAUUCGAACAAGGUGUCAUCCCAGGUUCCUUCAUUGGCAGCGUUAUCGGCAAUGGCGCAGGACACGCGCUAUCGCGAACGCUUUGCAAGAGAAUCUUGCCCGAAUUCGGACCAUGGUUGAAGAGCGUUGACGGUCCCAAGGCCACAACAGCGAAAUUACUCACCGAGGCACUUCCACAGAUUCUCACCAAACAAUUGGAAGGUUUGGGUGUUCAGCCAGCGCGAGCUUUGAGCUUCGCCACUGAGUUAACUGAUACAAUCAAAAUCGCUGAUACCAUGACGCUUAGUGACGCCUUCAAGUUUCUGGAGCAGCAAACGGUCUCCACAGCGGCCGAACUUGCCACCGUUUCUCGACCCGUCUUGGAUGCGAUGGCUCAGCUUACGUCUGCCAGCGUGGAAGCUCUUCAGGACAUCGCACCCUCCGCCAAUCAGGUAGCCCAGCAGGUCACUGGCGCAAUGAGAGUUGCCGAGGAUCUUCGAGCGGCAACUGAUAGUCUACGCAAUGGUGCUCAGAAAGCCAGUGACUUCGUAAGACAGGGUCUUCACGAAGAGGCAAAGGCCGCUUUUGACGGUGCUUCCUCUGCGGCUAAAAGUGUCGUCUCUGAUCUCUUCCACUUGAUCCCUUUGCCUGGCAGUCCGGAAGCUCACCAUACGAAGCAUGUCACAAAGACACAUUGGAAGACGAAGACGAAGACGAAGACGCAUACAGUGCCAGCCACGCGUGAAGUUGAAAAGACCAAGUACAACCACUUCGUCGGUCACAAAGACAACAGUGGCUACGACGACGAUCACGGCCUCUACCACCAAGACAAGAAUGACCACAAGCACGAAGACAGCGAGGACAACCGAACCAAAGACCAAAACAGUCACGACUAUCUCAACAACAUCCACUACAACACAAUUGGUAUAUGGAAUGCCAACUAA